UCAUAGGAAGAGCUUUGUUUUUUCAACCCGUUUUUUUUCCGUGACAUAUCCGAGGUGAAGGAGCUGGAGGCGGAGGGAGGAGGACAAGUCGGGGGUCGAGGCACUGUGAAAACAGAAGGCAGGAUGCUUGUGAUGUGAUCAAACAUCUGCUCAAACACAAGGGCUUCCUGCACCAGAGAGAGAGAGAGAGAGAGAAACAGGGAGGGAGUGAGUGAUGGGGAAAAGCUGAGCGGGACUCUCGGGAUGGUCUAACUUAGCUGGAGGAAGCCGGUUGCUGUCGCUGCAGAUUGAACAUUUGGAAAGGGACAGUAGUUUCCUGUGAUCUGCCUCUUCCAACAGGCCUGAAGCCUUGACAGGCUUUGUUUGGCGAAUGGACAUUUCUGCUGAGGUGUGAGAAGCUGGAUGAACUGUGCUUAGAGGGACUUUCGGUCUGCUGUUAUACGAAGCCGCCAUCCUGGUGCCAACUUAGUCAGAUAAUCUCCCACCACUGUUAACAAAGGACUACCUGAACCAUUAAAGGUCCCUCGAGAUGUGGGAAGUCCUUGGUUGAAGGGUCCUUUCUAGGUGAAGACACCCUCGUGAUGCUUAAGUAAAGUGUUCAUCAAGAAAGACACGUCCUCGCCAAUAGGUGGUGGUCCCGUUGUCACCCCCCCCCCCCCACAGAAAGACCAAAAACUCACUCAUCGUUCGGAAGCAAUGCGCCGUCCAUCCCCUCCGUCUCGGCCCUGCCUCGGUCCUCGCUCAGUCUUUAUUGCCGGACUUCUUCUUCUGGUAAUUUGGGGGGCCUCAGAGGUCAGUUGCCAGAAUGACACGGAGCCAAUCGUGUUGGAGGGAAAGUGUCUGGUGGUGUGCGACUCCACCCCCUCCGCGGAGCCGUCAGGUAACGCCCUAGGCAUGUCGGUGAGGUCAGGAAGCGGUCGGGUGGCCUUUUCGGCCAUCCGAAACACCAACCACGAACCCUCGGAGAUGAGCAACCGCACCAUGACCAUCUACUUUGACCAGAUCCUCGUAAACGUUGGCGGCCAUUUUGAUCCGGCGAGGAGUAUCUUCGUGGCCCCCAGAAAAGGAGUCUACAGUUUCAGCUUUCACGUUGUCAAAGUUUACAACCGGCAGACAAUACAAGCCAGUUUGGUUCUCAACGGCUGGCCGGUGAUUUCCGCCUUCGCCGGCGACCAGGACGUCACCAGAGAGGCCGCCACCAAUGCGGGGCUGGUGACGAUGGAGAGGGGGGACAAGGCUUCCCUCAAACUGGAGAGGGGGAACCUGAGGGGCGGCUGGAAGUACUCCACUUUCUCCGGGUUUCUGGUGUUCCCCUUGUAGGCCAGCGUCGAGGUGGGACGGCGUUCUCGUCGCAAUCGGAGGCGUUGAUCGAGUGAGGGAGUUCUCUCUAAAGACAAUAAUCAUGAUUGUAUGUUCUUCUUCAUUGCAGUUUUUGUGUCCUGUGCCUGAGUCGUCAAUGCUUGGGGUUUGUGAUUUUCUUUCAAUGCAUGAAAUGAAGUGACAAUAAGCUUAAGUGUUUUUAAUUAAGGUAUUGUGUCUAACAUCUCUAACUUAUCUGCCCAUUUAACUUGUUAAAACUAUUUCCAUUAACAAAAAAAAGAACAAUGUUUCUAUGGGGGUGGCUGGUUAACUAUGGCCAAACUUAUAUUUAUUUAUUAAAACCAUAGGCACCAUUUAAAUGUCACUGAAUUAGAUUUGUUAGCAGCUGGUGUUGGCGGUGCACAGAAAAUUGGCACUGGAUUGUAUGUUUAAUACAUAAGGAAUUACAAAUGUUUAGUGAGGAAAGAUACAUUGCUAUGAGUUGUAAUGCAAAAUAACAAAUAAAAUGACAGAAUGAAGAAAUUGAA